CGUCAUGCAAGUUGCCCUAAUUGUAACUGUACUUUUUAUUUCAGAAGCAAGUGCAUAUAAAUGGCAUGACUGCGUCCCCUCUACAACUGCCCAUCCAUGGGUUACCGUGAACUCUAUUUCCAUUUCACCCGAUCCGGCAGUACUUCCUGGUAAUCUCACCAUUGGUAUUACUGGAACUGUCAAUCAUCCCUUUGGCACUGAUGUUAAAAUGAAUGUUUAUAUGGAUAAACAACUGCUCGGAGUCUGGACGAAAGUUCCCUGCGCCAACAAUGUUGGAUCGUGUAACUACGAUAAUCCAUGUGAGUUCCUGUCUGCCUUUAAGACUUCUGGAACCUGUCCACAACAGCUGACAGAUCAUGGUCUUCCCUGCACAUGUCCAUUCAAUCCCGACAGCAUAAACCUGCCUCCUUCUGUCUUCCAGGUCACAAACAUAGCCCCCAGUUGGGAAUGGUUGGCCACUGGCCAUUUCCGUGUGAGAGCUGAAAUGAUCCAUAAUCAUGCAGUUGUUGGAUGCUUCGAGCUAGAAUUGGAAAUUCAACGUAAAGGCAAAAGUCGUCGGUUUAUUUUUGGUUGAUUAAACUGUACAAAAUUAUUGCUCAAAAAUG